GAAAGCCUUCUAUACUCCUUCAAGAUGCAAAUCUUCGUUAAGACCCUCACCGGCAAGACCAUUACUCUCGAGGUCGAGAGCUCUGACACCAUCGACAAUGUCAAGGCCAAGAUCCAAGACAAGGAGGGCAUUCCCCCAGACCAGCAGAGGCUGAUCUUCGCCGGCAAGCAGCUCGAGGACGGCCGCACCCUUGCCGACUACAACAUCCAAAAGGAAUCCACCCUCCACCUCGUCCUCCGUCUCCGUGGUGGCAUGCAGAUCUUUGUUAAGACUCUCACCGGCAAGACCAUCACCUUGGAGGUUGAGAGCUCCGACACCAUCGACAACGUCAAGGCCAAGAUCCAAGACAAGGAGGGGAUCCCCCCAGACCAGCAGAGGUUGAUCUUCGCCGGAAAGCAGCUCGAGGACGGUCGCACCCUCGCCGAUUACAACAUCCAAAAGGAAUCCACCCUCCACCUUGUCCUCCGUCUCCGUGGUGGUAUGCAGAUCUUUGUCAAGACUCUCACCGGCAAGACCAUCACCUUGGAGGUUGAGAGCUCCGACACCAUUGACAACGUUAAGGCCAAGAUCCAAGACAAGGAGGGGAUCCCCCCAGACCAGCAGAGGUUGAUCUUCGCCGGAAAGCAGCUCGAGGACGGUCGCACCCUCGCCGAUUACAACAUCCAAAAGGAAUCCACCCUCCACCUUGUCCUCCGUCUCCGUGGUGGUAUGCAGAUCUUUGUCAAGACUCUCACCGGCAAGACCAUCACCUUGGAGGUUGAGAGCUCCGACACCAUUGACAACGUUAAGGCCAAGAUCCAAGACAAGGAGGGGAUCCCCCCAGACCAGCAGAGGUUGAUCUUCGCCGGAAAGCAGCUCGAGGACGGCCGUACCCUCGCCGAUUACAACAUCCAAAAGGAAUCCACCCUCCACCUCGUCCUCCGUCUCCGUGGUGGCAUGCAGAUCUUCGUUAAGACCCUCACGGGGAAGACCAUCACCUUGGAGGUUGAGAGCUCAGACACCAUCGACAACGUCAAGGCCAAAAUCCAAGACAAGGAGGGUAUCCCACCAGACCAACAGAGGCUGAUCUUCGCUGGCAAGCAGCUUGAGGACGGUCGAACCUUGGCUGAUUACAACAUCCAGAAGGAGUCAACCCUCCACCUUGUCUUGCGUCUACGUGGUGGUAUGCAGAUUUUCGUGAAGACGCUUACAGGAAAGACCAUUACUCUUGAGGUUGAGAGCUCGGACACCAUUGAUAAUGUUAAGGCCAAGAUUCAAGACAAGGAGGGUAUCCCACCAGACCAGCAGAGGUUGAUUUUUGCUGGAAAGCAGCUCGAAGAUGGACGUACACUUGCAGACUACAACAUUCAGAAGGAAUCCACCCUUCACCUUGUCCUUCGCCUCAGAGGAGGCAUGCAGAUUUUUGUGAAGACCUUGACUGGCAAGACUAUCACGUUGGAGGUGGAGAGUUCGGACACGAUCGACAAUGUCAAGGCCAAGAUUCAGGACAAGGAGGGGAUUCCACCAGACCAGCAGAGGCUUAUCUUUGCAGGGAAGCAGCUUGAAGACGGAAGGACCCUAGCUGAUUACAACAUUCAGAAGGAGUCCACCCUUCACCUUGUGCUUCGCCUUCGUGGUGGUAACUGAAUAUUGUGCGGAAGAGUUGCCUCUGUCGGUCCUUUCCUGUUGCGUUGAGUCUGUGUUUUUCAUUGAGAAAUUGAAGUGUCGGGGUGCAUGGUUUGCCCCUUGAAUAAAUUUAUGUUAUGGUUUUUAAGCGGUUUGUAUAAAUUUCGUACUCUUAAUGACUAGUCUCCCGCUAAUGCGGGUUUAUAAUAAUUGUGUUUCCGAGUAAUCUAUUGUGUGUGUGAUAUUUGGAUCGAGUUCAUAUGGGAGAUGUGAUACAGUUUGUGCUGUAUUGGAUGGUUGUUCG